UCGCAGCACACCCUCUAACCCUAUAACUGCUUUGCUUACUGACUGGCAAUUCUCCUAGUUAAGAAGUGUCUCCUUUUAGAAAUUGUCACCCUUGUAAUUCCUCCAUGGACGCUCCUAAUCUUAACUGAAAUCUCUUGAAGUCCUUCAUCUUUUCCAUUUUUGGCUUCUUGAUCAUCCAUGAAUUUCACCCCAAAGCAAAAUACUGCAGAUACUGGAAAUCUGAAAUGAAUUAUCCUGAUGCAAAGUCAGCAACCAGAAGUGUUAAUUGUCUCUUUCUCCAUGAUUGUUCCCCAACUGCUGUGCACAUGAGCUCAGAAUGAUACGAUGGAAAGCGGGGGCUUCCCCCAGUUGCCGGACACCAUUCUCCUUGAAGUGUUCCAGAACCUGGAGCACCAGGAUGUCCUUGCUGCCGGUGCCACUUGCAGGCAGUGGUACGGAGUGUCCCGUGACGAUUUUCUGUGGAGGGAUCUCUUUUAUCGUUAUUACAAUGUGAAUCGGUCAAUCCCCCGACAUCCAGCUGCUACUUCGUGGCUGGGUGAGUUCCGAAGGCUGUAUGAUACAAUACCCUGUGUACAGGUGGCAACUUUGAAGGAACAUCGAGACCAAGUCUUGCAUGUCAGUUUUUCUCAUAAUGGCUACUUAUUUGGCUCCUGCUCCAAGGACUGUUUUGUCAAGGUCUGGAACAAUGAUUUGGAGAUAUCAGUGUUACAUAGCGCUAAUAUGCGCCCCUACAAUUGGAGCUACACCCAGUUCUCCCAGUUCAAUGCUGAAGACACCCUGCUCCUUGUCUCUGGCGUCUAUAUUGGGCCUCACAGUUCAUCCUCUGGUGAAAUCGCAGUCUUCAAUCUAGAUGACUUCACGUUGCUGUCCCGAGUGAGGAAUAAACCCUAUGAUGUCUUUGGUUGUUGGUUAAAUGAAACGCAUUUAAUCUCUGGGAAUCUGCACUGGAUUGGGAACAUGACAUCUUGCUCGGUGCUCUGGUUAAACAAAGCCUAUCAGGAUAUUGAAUCAGAAAAUAUAAAUGUGGUGAAGAGACUGUUCCAGCUGCAGAAUCGGAAUGCUAGCACCAUUCGCACAGUGAUGGUGGCAGACUGCAGCAGACACAACACUCCUGACCUUCUGCUGGGCCUUGAGGAGCAGGGGCUCCAUUCACCCCCCCGGGUCUUUUACCUGGGCAGUGACAGCGAGGACGAAUGUUACAACAAACCAAAGCACAGCAGCGAGAGUGUGAAUGAGGCAAUAGCUGGCGUUCAGGAUGGUGCUGAGGUGGAGGCAAACAUGCUCACCGAAGGGCUCCAGCCCCUGAUGGAUGAGAAGCAUUUGGAGGCUCGAGUAGCAGAACUUUUUCUACAGGCCAAGACGAAGCCUGCAGACAUUGACAUCCUGUCAGAACAUCAGGCAGCUCAGAACAAGAAGUACUUGAUCUUCACCACAGGAAGCCUUACCUACACUCCCCAUCAGAUAGGUAUUAAGCAAAUAUUGCCUCAUCACAUGACAACAACAGGACCAGUACUGGGGGAAGAACGGAGUUCCAGUGAGUUUUUCGAUCCUUUGGACCACACGAUUGAUGUCCAUGGUCACAUCAUUGGGAUGGGUCUGUCUCCAGACCACAGGUAUUUAUAUGUGAACAGUCGUGCCUGGCCCAAGGGCUGUGUCAUUAGUGACCCCAUGAACCCUCCACCCAUCGCUGAGGAGAUUGAUAUCCACGUAUUUGACUUGAAGACGAUGCAGGAAGUAACGCAGACUCUGCGGGCACACACAGCUUACACUCCCAAUGAUGAGUGCUUCUUCAUCUUCUUGGAUGUCAGCAGGGAUUAUGUUGCCAGUGGUGCUGAGGACCGGCAUGGCUACAUCUGGGAUAGGCACUACAACAUCUGCCUGGCAAAGCUACAGCACGAGGAUGUGGUGAAUUCUGUGGCCUUCAGCCCUGUGGACCAGGAGAUGUUGAUCACAGCCAGUGAUGACUGCACGUUGAAAGUCUGGCGCUCACCACGCAUCAUGCGUAUCAUCAGCACCAAGCCCAACCGCAAGAAAUUCUCCUUCUUCUGGCUCAAUAAAAAGUGAAUGAGUCAAUGGGCAGGAAAACAGGGGUUGUGAGGAUGGUGGGUAGAGGAGGGAGGAGAGGUUCCUCUAGGUACCUGAAACCUGAUUCAGUUUAAUAUCUGCUGCACCCAUCCAGCUGACCACAAACCUUCAGGAAAGUGGACACAGAGGGGAGAAGAUCAAAAUUCAUUAGAGUUUUCUAUAUUAUGCUCCUCAGACACAUUGUGUUACCAGUCAGUCUGUGUUGAAUGAAUCUGAAGACAAGUGCUUCUAACCAACUACAGCUGGACAUUGACUUAAUUUGCAUGUCAUCACAAAUCAGCAAGUAGUGCUUGCCAGCUGUUCUUCCUGAACCAGUGCUGUGUGGCUCAACAGUUCAGUUCAACUGGGGUUCCUACUCCCACAACAGCCUUACAAGUGGAGCCUAUGGCCAAGUUAACUUGGUACAGUUUAAAGAAUAACUGAACAAACCUGACUGUCCAGGGCUGAAACUCUGCAUUUAAAACUGGGCUUGCUUUCUGGAUGUUGUAAUCCUAACCUAAAAUGUACAGCAGUUUGUUCAUUCUAAUUGCAGAAUGUUCUCUAGCUAAUAAACAGAUUCAUGAAGUGUCA